AUGGACCGUUUCCGGAUGAUCUUCCAGUACUUCCAAUCCAACUCGGAGUCUGUAAUGAACGGGAUCUGUGGGCUCUUGGCCCUGGCAAGUGUAAAGAUGUACACCAGCUUGGACUUCAGCUGCCCCUGCCUGCCCCAGUACAACAUGGCAUAUGGCUUGGGGAUCAUGUUCGUGCCCCCCAUCAUCCUCUUCCUGUGUGGCCUCAUCCUCAACAGACAGUCCCUGGUGAUGCUGGAGGAGUGGAGGCGACCACCGGGGCACAGGAAGAAGGACCUAGCUGUCAUCAGGUACAUGUGUUCCUCCAUCAUGCAGCGAGCCAUGGUUGCCCCUGUCGUCUGGAUUGUAGUCACCCUCCUCGAUGGCAAAUGCCUGAUCUGUGCUUUCAGUGGCUCCGUGGACCCCCAGAAGUUUGUGGGCUUUGCCAAUGUGAGCACAGAGCAGGUGCAGCAGCUCCUGGCCAAGGUGCCCUGCAAGGAUGACGAGCUCAUGAGGAACAACACGUCCCGCAAGGCAGUGUCCAGGUACCUGCGCUGCUGGUCCCAGGCACUUGGCUGGAGCAUUUUGUUGAUCCUGAUCAUUGCAGCUUUCCUUGCCCGCUGGCUCAGACCUUGCUUCAACCAGGCCACCCUCCUGCAGGCACGUCACUGGAGCAACUACAUUGACAUUGAGCAGAAGAUUUUUGAGGAAACCUGCUGUGAGCACAGCCGGCUCUUUGCUCACAAAUGCAUCCUCCACUUCUUCGAAAGCAUGCAGAAAGAGAUCAAACUGCACAGCUUCAGCUUGCCUAGGGAGGGAGAGGGGGCUGAAGGAGGAGAAGGUCUUCUCCAGGUUGUCACAGAUCAGGGCCAGGUGAACAAACUUCUGAAAACGUGGUACUAUGAGAAACCUCCCCUGGAUGUCAGCCAGGCACACCAGAGGCAUCCCCUGGUGCGAGAGAGAUCCCCUCUGCCCAGGGCAGACAACGCCAGCACCCAGUCCAAAUUCCCCCAGCACACCAAUGUGUAAAGGGGGCUUUGUCCUCCAGGCACAGAAGGAGCAUUGCCAAACCUCUGCACAAAGCAAGGACCAGCGGCAGGCAGGUGACAGUGGUGCUCAUACCUUCCUCCAAAAUCUGCCAACUCAAAGGCUCCACUCCAGGGCAUGCCUAGCAAAACCUCCAAAGUCAGCCAGUUCUGAGGGUCCAAGGGUCCCAGAUGCAGUCACUGUUAAUGACAUUUCUCAGCCAAGGGCCCUGGGGGCACGUUUGUCAUAUCAGAGAGUUAGCAGCUUCUUACAGCUGUGAUAAAAGUGUUCUGGCUUGAGGAAGGAUUUAACCAUGGCAGCAGCAUCUGGCUGCAUAUAAACCAUACACACACAGAGGUGUGAGGAGCUCCUGCCCAUUCCAAUGAAACCUGGUUCAAAGGGUUAUCAGAGCUGACACAGAAGUUAUUUAAUUGGCAACUCUCUUAGUACCACACCAACAUAUUUACUCAAAAAGGCAAAACCACCUCCUAUGUCUUCCCAUCUGCUGAGAGCUCUGGCUGCCCCCAGCCCAGCUGCCAAACUGUUCUGCCUUCCUCUAACAACCCAUCAAUACUUCCAUGCAUUUUAAAAAUGAAAUAUGGCAACACACUGAAAUUCACAGAGCAGCAUAACUUUAAUUGAAGACACCUCUGAAUAAGGAUUGGAUUGGGUUGGAUUUGCAGAAGAAACAGGAGAUGGAGGCUUUGCAAAACACAACCACAGGGCUAUGCUGGGGUUUAGUAGCUGCCAUAAGCACUGGUGCUAAGCGGUGGAAAGGACACACUGACUCUGCCUGAGAAGUCAGAACACAAACUUUAAACACUCCCCUGCUAGAUUUGAGUACAAACUGACCUAUUCAGAGGAUCAUCCUUGCAACACCUAUUUGGGCAUUUCCAUCCAUAGUUUCAAAACUGUUUGAAUGUAACCUAACCUCUGAGCCUUUGAUGAUAAUUGCUUUCUCACCUGCAUUUUCCAGCCCCCAUUGUACAUGGUGCCAGUUUGACUGGUACUUCUGUCCAGCGUUGCUGCUUGGAUGCAUUAAAGUCUUUACUGCAAACUAACCCAGAACAGACACAUCUAUUCCUCCAGGCUGAACCUCACACUUAUGCCCACUUUGUCUCUUGGAGGGAGAGGUGCAACAUGGAGGGGCUGGGGGGAGGUGGUAGUAAAGAAGAAAUAUCUCCUUGGGUAUGGAUAGGUGGGGCAAGCAGGGCUUCCAGGAGGAAAGAAGAGGGUGGGAUAGGGGCAGAGGAACCUGCCACCACAUUGGGACUAAAUCCAAAAUGCGGGAUCAAAAUAAAAAUUCAUAUUAAUCCCCCAAAUUGACUUGUCAAGCUGCUGGCAGGUGGGUCAUCUCCAGCCCAGGAUAUUUGUAUGCACAGGCCAGAGAAUGAGGAAGUACUGGGUAAAACACUGGGAGGCAAAAUAACUCCAUAGCCCACCAAUGGGGAGCUGCACCCCUUUGCCCACUGAGGCCCAGUCAGGAGCUGCAGGGUGCAGAGGGAUGGGCUGCAGAGCUUUUCUUAUUUGCAUAGCAAAAUCAGAUCUGGAUGAAUCCCUGAGCUCUCUUGGAUAUGCUAGGAGGGUGCACAGAGCCAGCUGUGGCCCAUGCCGGUAGGGAAAAAACACAGUGGUCUUUUCCCCAGGAGCUCUUUACAUCCAGGGAGCUCCUGAGCUCUUCUUUGAAAUCAGCAUAGCACUUUGAAUUGUGUCUCUGGUUUACUUUUAUCAUACAUGACAUCACAAAUCUGAGGAUGCCGCUUAGUUUGGACUCACCAUCCCAUAUUAGUCAAAUUGGGUAUUUUCCUAACAUGCUCACAGCUGAGGUCUGUAGCUCCAUUUGCAUGCUACUUUCCAUGUUCUCAGGUUUUAAGUCAUCCCAGUGUGGCCACAAAAUAUGAAAGGCUAAAAGGGGGAAGAGGAACAGAUUUGUUAUUUUUACCAGGAGGGAGAAAACAGGACGGCUUAAGGAUGCUGCCAUAGAUUUUGAAGGUCUACAAAGGUUAACGUGCUCUGGGAGAGUCUGGUCUGGUCAUGGAGUAGCUUCAGUUGGCUGGGGCUGCGGGUGUUCAUUCCUCCCAGCCCCCCUGAGUCUCCUGCUGUGUUUCCUUCUAAAGCCCAAGAAUUCUUCUCCUUUGUGGAAAGUGGUAUCUGGCAGCCCAUGCCAGGACAAGAGGCAAUAAACCCAAAAUGCAGGAAAAUUUCAUUUACACAGAAGAAAACAUUGAUUUUGAGGGUGAUGGAAAGGCUUGCCCAGAAAGUCUAUGGCACCUCCAUCUACGGAAAUAUUCACAUCCCAGUUAUACGUGAGCCUGAACAUGCUUUGUGCUGAGAGUGGUGGCUGGACCAAAAAAUCUCCAGAGGUCCCACGAUCUCCAUCUUCCCACCAGCUCUUUAGAGAGUGUGCGCCCUCCUGUGGAAGUUGGGGCAGAGAGGGUCAUUCACAACCUUUAGCGGCUGUCUGUGUCUCAGGGCUGCUGUGAUGUCUGACCUGCAGAUACGUAUGACAUCCUUAGGGAUCCUCACCUGCUAAGAACCUGUUAAACAACAGAGCUGACUGCAAAGAUAGUUUCCCCAGUCACUUCCUAAACUCUCUUGAGGGGAAUUGUUACUGCUUUCACAUCUGUGCUUUCUAUAUCCUACGCUGACUGGGACAUGCAAAGCCCUCCCCAACUCCACACCUGGGAGUCUGCCUUGGUGUGCAGGUGCAUGACCGGGUCCAGGGAGGGACUUGGGCACGUACCAUCUCUUUUAGGACAGGGUUUCCAGAGCACAAAUAAGUUGGGAUUUGGGAGGAAUCAUCAGCUCUGCCUUCCCUUGCAAGUCAGUUAGAGUGAAUUUUCUUUUGGGAAGCUCAUGAAAACAAAGUCCUUCCUAACAAGGCAACACAGAAAGAAAGACCCAGGCAUUGUCUUCUAUGGGCUCUUUUUUGAUUCCCACUGACUGUUGGUGGCUUCAGUGAGAACUGUGGUGCUGUACACCGAGCAGGCUCAGGCCCUUCAUUCAUGUUUAAUAAAAGGCAGGGGUUUCCUGGAGAUCAAAAAGCUCUCAGCUUUUUACAGGGUUGAUUCACACAGGCUUUGAUGUGAGCUGCCCUUCAAAAAGCCACUUGUCAGGUGAAUAGAGAAGCCAGUCUGAGCUCUUAGCUAGCAAUACAAUAGGCCUCAUCUAUAUUCAUGCAGCAAAAUCUCUUCCCAUUUGAUGAGAUCAUGCAAUUAACCUCUCCACAGCAGGCAGAGCUAAGACUGCUCAGGUAUUACCCACGUGCUCUGUGCUCACCUCUGCAGUGGCAUCUCAGGGUCAACUCAGCAUAAUCAGCUGAGCCCCAGGCCUGGUGCAGGGCAGACUCAGAACCUGCUGCACUGACUAAUGGUCAAAAAGCCUGGUCUGGCUUCCUAGCUCAGCACUGACACACUGGACACACUGCAAAACCUUGGGGGAAAGUACCUCUCCUGUGUCUUCCGUGUGCCACCCACCUAUAUACAGCUUCCCUUGGUGACACGUCCCACAGCCACCACUGCAGUCACACUGGUACCCAGUCAGAUGUAUCUUGAUCCUCACAUCAGCUCAGGUGGUGCCUGGACAGGAGCGACUGAGCAAUUGCCACCAUCUGUUCCAGCCACUUAUAGUCCCAGUAAUUCCCCAGCUUUUGGCCAGCUUGAGGGAGCAACUGAGUGCACCAAGGCUGCUUUGUGAACUGGGAACCGAGAUGCAGGACAGUCCCAUCAACACCAUCCAUUCUUUUAGAUUUGUGCUGUGGAAGCCAAGCCCCGCCUGUUACCUCUCCUUCCUCUGCCUUUCCUUUUCCCUUCCCUCUGCAGAAUGAAAAAAAAAGAGUUAUUUCCCAGUGAAGCAGGUCCAGAAGUAGGAGCUGGCAGACCUGCAAGGUGCUUGCCUCAGAUGCUGCUGAGGCAAGGCAGACACACGGAGGGAAGGGGGAAGCUCUAGAAUCCAGUUUUUCAAUGUGUGCCAGCACUGCAGAGGUGGGGUGUCCUGUUCAGUCCUGGGAGGAGCACCCACCCCCUGCAUUUGCAAACAGGCUCACAGAGGCCAAUCAGCCAACUCUGCCCAGGGCACACAAUGCUCUGGGGAGGACACAGCCUUGGUAACACCUGCGUCCUCCAGCAAAGAGGACUGGUGGCUGGGAGACUGCAGAAAUGGGGAUGUGGAGAAGCAUGAAAUCAGGUUUUGCAAACUAGAAGCAACCCAGGUCCCAGAUCCAAAGAAGAGCAGGAGGAAGCAAACUCUAAACUUUUGUAGGCAGCAAAAUCAGCAGAAAGAAAUGUUAAUUUUUGGCUUUAAAUAGUG